AUGUUUCAACCUCCUGAACCUUUUGAUUCCAAAUAUCCAGAGUUAUGGGAAAAGUGGUUUAAGCGAUUUGAAAGGUAUAGAAUUGCAUCAGGACUGGACAAUGAACCUCAAGUAAAACAAGUAAGCUGCUUGAUUUACUGUAUGGGGCCUGAUUCUGAGGAUAUAUUAUCAACAGCACACCUCUCAGAAGAUGACAAAGCCUCAUAUGAAUCUGUAACAGAAGCCUUUGACAACAUAUUUACUGGCAAAAGAAAUGUCAUAUACGAACGAGCAAAGUUUAAUUCAAGAUCACAACAACCAGAUGAAUUAUUUGAUACAUUUCUGGCAGACAUAAGCUCAAUGGCCGAACACUGUUCAUUCAAGAACCUUAAAGCAGAACUAAUACGUGAUAGAAUUGUAGUGGGUAUAACUGAUAAACGUUUAUCGGCCCAAUUACAAGAAGAUUCAAAUCUUACAUUGGAAGAAGCAGUUCAAAAAUGCAAACAAAAAGAGUCCAUCAGCAAACAAGCAGCUGAACUAGAAAUGAUAUGCCAAGGAAAACAUGCAGAAGUUGACCGAAUCAAAUCAGACCAAAAACAAAGUGCAAGAUUUAACAAAACCCAUGAUUUAAAGACAGCUAGGAAAGAAUGUUGUUGGAACUGUGGAGGUCCAAUGCACCCCAGGCACUUAUGCCCUGCUAAAGAUUUAACAUGCCAUUACUGCCAAAAAAUCGGUCACUUUGCCAAACAUUGCAGAAGCAGAUUAUUAGAGACUAAAACAACGGACAACACGAAGAGACUCAACGAAAUAGGACGUUUGGACAAGCCUGACAACACUGAAGCUUCAGUAGCAUAUUUAGGACCUGUGAAUGCUUCAUGCUAUGACUCCAGUUCUUGGUAUGUAGAAAUAUUUAUCAAUAACCAGUUAGUUAAAGCGAAACUUGAUUCGGGCGCAGAAGUUACAGCCAUUCCUUCAAAUGUAAUUCAUGCAAAACUUAUGAAAUCUGACCGUAUACUUAGGAAUGCUGAUCAGAGGGAACUAGAUGUAAGAGGUAUGUUUAUAGCAGACAUAGCUUACGAUGGGAAAAUGGUAAAAGAAAAGGUGUAUGUUGUUGCAGGAUUAAAUGAACCUUUACUUGGAAUUCCUGCGAUUAAAUCUUUAAAUCUCAUAACCCUCAGAAAAGCUGAUACUGCAGGACUUAACUCAAUUACCUUAGACUCUGUAUUAACGAGCCACCCUGAGCUUUUCAUUGGUCUGGGUAGCAUUCCAGGAGAAUAUAAGAUUGAAUUGAACGAAAACGCUCAACCGCACUCGGUUCGAGCUCCAAGAAACAUAUCAAUUCCUUUACGUUCAAAAGUGGAGACAGAAUUGAACAGAAUGUUGGACUUAGGAGUGAUAGAAAAAGUAGAGUCUCCAACUGACUGGUGUGCACCAAUAGUACCAUUUCUUGGAAACCUGAUCGACUGUGAUGGUAUCAAGGUCGAUCCUGAUCGUAUACGAGCACUCGAGGAACUUCCCCCUCCUAAAGAUAUUGCGGGAGUUCGACGAUUAAAUGGUAUGUUGAAUCAACUGAACAAGUUCAUUCCAAACUUAGCUGAUAAAACUGAAUCAUUCCGUGAGCUUACUAGAAAGAAUAGACAAUUUUGUUGGACAAGUCAACAUCAAGAAGCCCUUUCAGACAUUAUACAGACCGUCAAUGAAUCAAUAUCUUUAACUAAGUAUGAUGUAAAUGCUGAAUCUAUUGUUAUAGCCGAUUCAUCAGCAUAUGGAUUGGGUGCAAUGUUACUUCAGGUUGAAGAUAAAUCUCCCAAAGUAGUGAUGUUUGCUUCAAGGACCUUACAGGACUGUGAAAGACGAUAUGCCCAGAUAGAAAAGGAAGCUCUUGCAUGUGCAUGGGCCGCAGAAAAGUUUUCUAAGUUUUUAGUUGGAAAAAAAUUUAGAAUCCUAACAGACCACAAACCAUUAGUUUCACUCCUUGGAAGCAAAGACCUAGACACAAUACCAGCUAGGAUUCAGAGAUUCAAAAUGCGAUUGAUGAAAUUUGACUACUCCAUCGAACACAUUCCCGGAAAAGAAAUGUUUACAGCAGACACAUUAAGCCGAGCGCCGAUCCCAGAUUCUACAGAUGAGUUCACAAAAGAGGUAGAGGCACACAUUAAGGUAAUAUCUUUAAACUUUCCAGCAACACAGUCAAGAUUGGAACAAAUAAAGAAUGCCCAGAUCCUGUGUGAAGAAUGUCAGAUGUUGGUGAAAUACACAGAAAAUGGAUGGCCUAAAUAUAAGAAGGAUGUGCCAGAGAGUAUGAGAAAGUGGUAUACCUUUAAAGACGACCUAUCUAUAAUAGAAGACUUGAUAUGUUAUAAAGAAAGAAUUAUUAUCCCAUUUGAACUUAGAAAAGAUAUCAUUAAUAAACUGCACGAUGGUCAUUUCGGGUCUACACGCACAGUCCUCCGAGCGAAACAAUCUGUGUUUUGGCCAGGAAUUACAACAGAGAUAAAUAACUUGAUUGAAAAUUGUGACACUUGUGCUAAACACCAAAACCAAAAGUCAGAAAAAAUGAUUCAAUCAGACACUCCUGACUAUCCAUGGCAAAGAAUAGCAGUUGAUUACUUUGACUUUGUGAAAGGCAAAUACUUGGCUGUUGUGGACUAUUAUUCACGGUACUUGGAAAUGAUAAAUGUGUCCACAAUGACUGUAGAUGAACUAAUCAAGAAGAUGAAAGCCUGUUUUGCUCGACAUGGGAUCCCUGAAAUCGUAAUUUCUGAUUCUGGCUCACAGUUUACAAGCUCAGAAUGGAGAGCCUUUGCAGCCGAUUUUGGGUUUAAAACUAUUUGUUGUAGUCCCUUACACCAUCAGGCAAACGGUGAAGCUGAAAGAGCAGUCCAAACGCUUAAAAAGAUGCUUACAAAGAACAAAGACCCCACUCUUGCAUUACUGGAGUACAGGUCAACACCAGGUCCAUCAGGGUACAGCCCUUCGGAAUUGUUGAUGGGAAGAAGACUAAGAACCCGACUACCGUCAUUGACGAAAGAUCUCAAGCCUAAAAUGGUAGAUCACAAGACAUUUAGAGAAUUGGACAAACUAUAUAGAGCAACUCAAGCAGAUUACUUCAAUAAACGGCAUGGAGUGAGAGAUGAAAAGCAAUUCACUAUUGGAUGCAAUGUGUAUAUUCCUGAUAGGAGAGAAGAUGGGAAGAUAGUUAAUAAAGUAGCUCCAAGAUCAUACACAGUUAAGACAAACGAAGGCAUGUUACGUCGCAACGGGGUAAUGCUAAGACAACUACAACCCAAAACAUCUGAUGACCCUGGAACUGAGCCUAAUUGUUUUUCCUCAUUUGCUAUUAAUGUCGCAACGUUGGCACUACCACUGUCUCAGUUGGUACCCGUGGUGAAUCCUCAAUUAGCUGAUAAGCUGUGUCACUCGCAGAAUGUCAACACUAGGUCCUGGAGAAGAGAAGAGGUUCCGGGGUAG